AUGGCUGCAGGAAGAGUAUCUUCUCCAUCACAAUUAUUCAUAGCCCUCCUCUUAGUCCUUAGCUUAUGCUGUUUGAGUUGCGGUGCUAAGGAUGAUUAUCGUCAACAGUGUGAACCUUCAUGGUGCGGCAAACAUAACAUAAGCCACCCUUUCCGACUAAAAGAUGAUCCAGAGAAGUGCGGUGACUCAAGGUAUGAGCUGUCUUGUGAGAAGAACAACCUUACAGUAUUAUACUUGUAUUCUGGAAAAUACUAUGUGCAGGCAAUCAAUUAUAAUAACUACACCAUCCGAGUUGUGGAUGCCAAUCUUCACAAGGGUAACUGCUCUUCAGUUCCCCAUUAUUCGUUCUCCGCGUAUAACUUCAGUUACGAGGAUGAGGAUCCGUAUACGAUUUCUCAACCUCGACUUACCCUUGGGCGCAUAGAUUAUUUUGAACUGUCAAAGCCUAUAAUAUUUCUGACCUGUGAAACCCCGGUGAAUUCGCCUCUCUAUGUGGAUACUGCUCCUUGCAUUGGUGCAAUGAGUAGUUCCAAUUCCAAUGGGCAUUCAUAUGUUAGUGUUGGACGAUUAAAUGUGUCAGACUUGAUUGAAUUUUGUCGCAUAGAGCUUAUGUUUAUGAUAUCGUCGCAGCUUACAAAGAACAAUUCCUACAUAGACAUCCACAAUGAGAUGAUCUAUGGCUUUGAACUUACAUGGAUGCAGUCGAGUUACCGUAGAGGUCAAAGCUGGUUUACUUGCUACGUCGACAGUGAUACCAACAAAGUUAAUUGCUCUCAUGAAUGCUAUGAUUUAUACUGUGGCUUCAUCAAAUAUCUAUACGAAUUCAGUGUCUUCCUUGCGUUGCUUGGACUAGCACUUGGAGCUAGGGCUAUACUUGGGGCUCCGUGUCUGAUUGCGCUUUUAAUUUAUAAAUUCAAGAGGCGGCACUUAUCAAUGUAUGGAAAUAUUGAAGAAUUCUUACAAAGUCACAACAACCUCAUGCCAAUAAGGUACUCCUACUCAAAUAUCAGGAAAAUGACCAAGGGAUUUAAGGACAAAUUGGGUGAAGGAGGUUAUGGUUCUGUAUACAAAGGGAAGCUCCGAAGCGGCCGCCUUGUAGCAAUUAAGAUGCUGGGUAAGUCCAAAACAAAUGGGCAAGAUUUUAUCAAUGAAGUUGCUACAAUUGGAAGGAUUCAUCAUGUAAAUGUGGUGCAACUAAUUGGCUAUUGUGUUGAGGGAUCAAAGCGUGCUCUUGUGUUCGAGUUCAUGUCAAAUGGAUCUCUUGAUAAACACAUAUUUUCUAAAGAAGGACCAUCAACCUUAAAUUACAAGAAAUCAUUUGAAAUUUCACUUGGAGUUGCUCGUGGUAUUGACUAUAUUCAUCGAGGAUGUGAGAUGCAAAUUUUUCAUUUUGAUAUCAAGCCUCACAACAUUCUUCUUAAUGAGACUUUUGUUCCAAAGGUUUCUGACUUUGGGCUCGCAAGAUUAUGUCCAUUAGAUGAGAGCAGUUUAACUUUGACUGCAGCAAGAGGAACCAUCGGAUACAUAGCUCCAGAGUUGUUUUACAAAAAUAUAGGAGGAGUGUCAAACAAAGCUGACAUCUACAGUUUCGGAAUGCUGUUGAUGGAAAUAGCAGGAAAAAGAAAGAAUCUGAAUGCAAUUGCAGCUCAUUCAAGCCAAAUAUACUUUCCUUCAUGGGUUUAUGACCAAUUCAAUGAAGGAAAGGACAUAGAGAUAGAAGAUGCCACUGAGGAGGAAAUGAAAAUAACAAAGAAGAUGCUUAUAGUGGCAUUAUGGUGUAUACAAAUGAAGCCUAGCGAGCGUCCUACUUCGAUGAGCAAAGUAGUACAGAUGCUUGAAGGAGAAACUGAAGCCCUUCAAAUGCCUCCAAAGCCUUUCCUUUAUCCACAAGACAAACCAGUGGUGGAUGAUGAAGACAAUCCAGAAACAACAUGGCCAUCGUCAACACAAUCUAAUGACGACUCUGAAGACUCAAUAAGCUUAAUUCAAAAUGCUGACAAUUAG